AUGAAUGUUGAUAUGAUGUUUAUUACUACAUGUGCAGCGUGCAAGCACCAAAGGAAAAAAUGUGAGCCAAAUUGUCAGUUAGCUCCAUAUUUUCCUUCUACUAAAGAUGAAGAUUUUCAAAAUGUUUAUAGACUUUUUGGAGUAAAUAAUACAAUUAAGCAUAUUAAUUCUGUUGCUGAUGAUCAGAGAGCAAAACUUGUUGAAACUCUAAUUUUAGAGGCUAAGAUUAGGACGGAAAAUCCUGUACAUGGUUGUCUUGCAAUUGAAAGAAAGUUGAGGGCAGAAAUUGAAGCACUUGAGAAGGAGCUUGAAAUGGUACAAAAUAACAUUUCGUUUUGUAAGAAAAUGUCCAUGUUGCAAAUGACAAAACAACACUUGGAGGAAGAGCUUGAUAGAUCUUCCUUAGCUUUGGUUUCUCCAUAG